AAUCUGCAGGCUUCCUUACAUAUAUUCAGUAGAGGAUUGCCGGGUCUCAUGUACCAGUAAAUUGGUAGAUUAAGUUCCAUUUCCUGACAAAGCUUGAGGCAGGGGGAGAGAGAGAGAGAGAGAGAGAGCAGGAGCAAAUGAAAAUGGUGCGAGAAGAAAUCCGAAAGGGUCCAUGGACAGAACAAGAGGACUUCCAGCUGGUCUGCUUUGUUGGCUUAUUUGGAGAUCGACGAUGGGAUUUUAUAGCAAAGGUUUCAGGUUUGAACCGAACAGGAAAGAGUUGCAGGUUACGUUGGGUUAACUACCUGCACCCAGGUCUAAAGCGAGGAAAGAUGACUCCACAAGAAGAGAAGCUCGUGCUUGAACUUCACUCGAAAUGGGGAAAUAGAUGGUCGAGGAUUGCUCGGAAGUUGCCAGGGCGAACUGACAAUGAGAUAAAGAACUAUUGGAGAACUCACAUGAGGAAGAAGGCCCAAGAGAAGAAACGCACCGUGUCGUUGGCAUCGUCAUCUUCCAAUAGCUGUUCUUCAGCAUCAAAUGAUUCAAAAGUGGACUCUUUACCCUCCAAGGAGACGGGGGAAGAAAGUUUCUAUGACACAGGUGGUCCAGAAACAUCAGCUUCCAUGGAAAUUAAGGGCAAAGAGGAAGAAAAGUACAAAGAGCACGCUGUGGAUGAUAUAUGGCAAGAGAUUGCUUUAUCAGAGGAGAAUGCCAUAACACCUGCUAAUGAUUGCUACAGUGAAGAAGGCUGCAAUUUCUUUUGUCCUCAAAUGAUUUCGCCAACAUGGGAAUAUUCUGCGGACUCACUGUGGAGAAUGCCCGAUGAAGAGGGUAAGAUGUUCCCUCCUGUUAGAGAUCCAUUAUUUUCCUACUAUGAAGAAGAUGUAGCGUAUUUAAGUGGCUAAUUAUGAUUUCAUUCGUUAAUAUAAGUUCAUGCAUGUAAUAUUUUAUUAGGGAAGAACUGACCUGUAUCAUAUGGGUUUCCACAAGCCUUGCAUAUAGCUUUGCAUCAAGUACAAGUAGGAUUAGAGUAAUUCCGUCAUGCAUACAUCAAGUUCUUAGUCACUCUUUGAACUGUGUUUUCAUUCAAAAGCAGAAAAGAGAAUCAUGUAGAUCUGCCGUGAUGAUGAGGAUAUCAUUACUUUGAUGGACUGCAGUCUGCACGUGUAAACAAGAUAAUAUAGAACUUAGUCUUUUUUGUCUA